AUGCUGUCUUGUCCCGAUUUGGACACCAUCUUCCCAUCAGCAUCGCCGUUCACCGGGCUAGAGGAGCUGCGGGUCACCAAGUGCAGUGAACUAGAGACCCUUCCCGAUCGCAUAGGAGACCUACUGCCAUGCCUUCGCAAGCUGACCAUCCGCGAGUGCUACUAUUUCACUCACCUGCCUGAAAGCUUCACUUGUCUGAGCCAUUUAGAGGAGCUCAUUGUCUCGAGUUGUGAUGACUUCACCUUACCCUCCAACUUUGGCGACCUGCCUGCGCUCAUAUCACUGGUGCUGGAAAGCUUGCCAUUCACUGAACUUCCUCCUUCCUUCUGCCAUCUCACAUCUCUGGAGGCACUCUUUUUAGUUGAUUGCCACCCGCUUCUAAAUCUGCCGGCUGGGUUCUGCCGCUUGACAACCCUCAAGGCGCUCUGCUUCUCAAGAUCAGAGGGCCUUGCGUUGCCAGAGGACAGCUUGGAGGUGAGGGGCUGCCAGGCGCUCUCAGAAGUGCCCUCUCGGCUGGAUAUGCUCGUGGGGCUGAAGAGGCUGGUGCUGACGGAGUGUAAGGAGUUGAGUAGCCCCCCUGCUGGUCUGCCACCCUCUCUUGAAUCCCUCUGUUUGGGGCCCUUCGUGGAAGGUUCUUCCCAUGUGGUGGGUAUCUCUGGGUUGUCGCAGCUGAGGGUGCUCCACUUGAACCGCGUUGGGGUGCGCUGCGGUCCUGCCGUGCGCUGCAGGUUGUUAUGCCGGGAGCAGGGGGAGCAGGGGGGGCAGGGGGAGCAGGGGGGGCAGGGGGGGCAGGGGGAGCAGGGGGGGGCAGGGGGGGCAGGGGGAGAAGGGGGGGCAGGGGGAGCAGGGGGGGCAGGGGGGGCAGGGGGAGCAGGGGGGGCAGGGGGAGCAGGGGGGGCAGGGGGGGCAGGGGGAGCAGGGGGGGCAGGGGGAGCAGGGGGGGCAGGGGGAGCAGGGGGGGCAGGGGGGGCAGGGGGAGCAGGGGCAGCAAGGGGGGGCAGGGGCAGCAAGGGGGAGCAGGGGGAGCAGGGCGGGCAGGGGGGGCAGGGGGGGCAGGGGCAGCAAGGGGGGGCAGGGGCAGCAGGGGGGGCAGCUGCAUAA